UAAAUAAGAUCAGACUAAUCGUGAGAGACAUCCCAAGGAACGCAAACCAUAGGACGCUGGUAGUGUCGGAGUGGAAUGGAGCUCUUCACCUUUUUCUUCGUGCACGGUCUUCUCCUCUUGCUUUCGCGGCGCGCCGCUUGCGCCUGCGGCCCGUCGGACCGCGAGCUCAUCGCCCUCGCGUUCCGCUCUGUCUCGGGAUUCCAACUUCCCCCUCCCCCUCCCGCGGCCGACGACACCGGCUGCUUCCUCAGGCUCCCCUCGCGCAACCUCAGCGGUACCGUGUCAUGGAUGUACCUGCGAAACGUCUCCGCCCUCCGGGCCCUCGACCUUUCCGGGAACGCGCUCCACGGCUCCGUUCCCGGCGGCUUCUGGUCCGCCCCCGCCCUUCUCGAUGUAAACCUUGCUGCCAACCGCCUCGGCGGUGCUCUCCGGUUCGAAAUCCCAGCCGGCGGUCCCUUGCUGCCUCUCAGAUCACUCAACCUUUCUGGCAAUCGGUUCACCAGCGCCGCCGGUCUCGCUGCCUUGUCCCGCUUGGAGAUCCUCGACCUCUCGCACAACGGUCUCGGCCUCGUGCCUCUUGGUUUGGAUAAGCUCCGAAUGCUUAGGCACUUGGACAUGUCUUAUAACUCUAUGCGAGGAGUGUUCUCCGAGGGGUUUCCCUCGUUCGGCGCCAGACUCGACUUCCUAAACGUAUCGUACAAUAAUUUCACUGGCGUCGUGCAGUCGGAGGUGGUGAAGAAAUUUGGUAAGUCUGCCUUCCUUAAAGCCGGAUCACUUCGUUUCGGAUCUACUGCACACGUCGCCCGCUCGUCUUCUCCAACUACUCUGGCUUCACACAAGAAGGACACCAAGCUAAAGAGACGACGAAGAGUGAUACGAUUGGGAGUCAUAGCAGGAGUGGCGUCUGUUGUGGUUUUGGCUGCGUUUUGCUGCGUCUUAUGCAUAGUACUGAAGAAGAGGAAAAAGCGGAAGGAUGAGUGGAAGUGGGAGGAGAAGGAAGCAGUGGCGGCGCCUCCGCAGGAAGUGAGGUGGGUGGUGGAGGCGAAGUGGUCUGCGCCGGUGGUGCUGUUCGAAAAACCGUUGAUGGAGACGACAUUCGGGGACUUGGUGAAGGCAACGUCGGGGUUCGGGAAGGAGUCUCAGCUGGCGGAGGGCGGUCGGAGCGGCCCCGCGUACAGAGCGGUGCUUGCCGGCGACAUGCACGUGGUGAUCCGUGUGGUGGAGGCCGCCCGGGAGGCGGAGGAGCGAGAUGCCGUCGCCUCCUUCCACGAGCUCGCCCGCCUCCGCCACCCGAACCUCCUUCCCCUCCUCGGUUACUGCAUUCCGGGAGAGGAGAAGCUAGCUUUGUACGAGUACAUGGAUAGGGGAGAUCUCCACCGCUGGCUCCACGAGCUCCCGGCGGGGCAACCCAACGUGGAGGACUGGACCAGCGACACGUGGGACCAGCAGGGCGGCGAGGAGAGGCGCGAGGCAGCAAAGUCCGCCGUGGCGGAGGUCGGAGACUGGCCGACGAGACAUCGCAUCGCCCUCGGCAUUGCGCGGGCCCUUGCGUUUCUCCACCAGGGGUGGGUGGGCACCACUCGCGGCGUAAUCCACGGGCACCUCGUCCCGGCCAACGUCCUCCUCGGUAACGACCUGGAGCCGCGGGUGGCUGAUUUCGGCGGAGCCGCUGCAGGGAAUGCGGGCACGGCGGAGGGCGACGUGUACGACUUCGGGAUAUUGGUGAUGGAGCUGAUGACGGGGAUGGAAGGGUGGUCGGAGGAGGCGGUGAGUUGGGCGAGGGGACUGGUCCGGACCGGCCGUGCGGCGGAGGCAGUGGAUCCUCGGCUACGGGUUGCCGGCCCGGAAGAGGAGAAAGAGGUCGUCGAGUGUCUCCGCGUCGGCUAUCUCUGCACCGCGCCAUCUCCGGACAAGCGCCCCACCAUGCAGCAGGUUGUUGGGCUCCUCAAAGACAUACGUCCAUCCUCCUCCUCCUCCCCAGGCGGCGGCGCCACCACCUCGUCGGCGAUAUCUUCCUCGAGGAAACAGAGAUGAGUGGGAAAGGAGGAAAGCUGAAGGUGGGAGCCACGGUUGUCGGACAGCGCACACCAGUGGUUUUGGUUGGGUUCAGUAGAGAUGUGCAAGAAAGAAGGCAUGACAAUAAAGAAGAAGAAGAGGAAGAAGAAAGAGGAAGUAAACAUUAGCAUUAAAAAGUCCAAGUGGCGGUGGUGGGUUGCGUGGAAUGGGAGAAGGUAGAUAUCGAUGGGGAGGGUUUGUUGGUUUGUGAUGCGUUCCUUCGUGGGAGGCGGCAUCGACUCUUGUUUCUUUCUUCUUUGUUCAUUUCCCUUCUCUUCCCUGUGUUUCUUAUUCUCAAUCAGUGUUCCAAAGACUUGUGGUUUGACUA